AUGGACAGCUGUGAGGACAGACGUCACUUACCUCAGUGCCAGCAGAGUGGAGAUGCACCUGCCUAUCCCACCAUUCUUUGCGUGGGUGCACGUCGGAGCGCGCCUGCGCGCUGGUGGCUCCGCGUCCCGGGGCAGCGGAAGUUCGCGCAGUGUUCAGAGCCGGGGCUAUUGCUCCACACGUGCUUGCGGCGGUCUUUUGCUGUACACCUUCCAUUCCAGGCAGUUUGCGAGCGCAACACCCGGCCGGCCCCGCUGCUUCUCCUUCCGCUGCUGUCGCUGGGUCCGAGGCCACCCCCACGCGCCGGGGACUUUGCCUGCCCCUCACGCUCCGCCUUGCUGCACCUGCGUGUCCUGGAGCGCGCCGCCGGGCUCCCCGCCAAUUCCCCCGGCAAGUGCGGAGACCAGGGAGGGGCGUGGACGCGGGUGCGAGGGCGGCUGGCGGCUCGGGGACCCGGCUCUGGGUGCGCUGCCCAGCGAGCCGGCGCCCCGAUCCGGGCUGUGGCGGCUCCGACCGCAGCCUUCCAGCCUCCCGGCGCCCCGCGGGCCCCGUGCGCUGCUUCCCUCCAACUUUCCGUCAUGCAUUUUGUUCUGGGGGAGCCUGGCAGGCGAGAGGACGGCGGAGGAAGGCAGCGGGACUCCCCUCGUCCAUAUUUUCAUCGAGCCCCGGUCCCACUUUGGCUUCGUGGAGAGAAUGCCCUCUGGCCGGGCUUCCUGGUCAACCCUGCGGCGGUUCCCGCGGCAGAGCGGGGCUGGUGGCCCCCAGCAAGGAGCCCGGGGCGGCGGGCAGAUGGCUCAGCCUCGCUGCCCCCACUCCGCACGCGCACAGCCCGCAAGCCCCCGCAGUGCCACUCCCCGCUGGUUGUCCUACAGCCCCUGCAGCUGGAAUGUGUUUCCCACGGCAGUGCUCGUGUCCUGCUACUGUGUGAAGAGCUGCCUAGAGACAGCCGUCGGCCCACCUGCUGAAGAAGCGUAUUGCAUGGAUGUUCAUCUGACUGGGAGACGGCCGAGAAUAGGAUGUGUCAACUUGGCAGGUCAUUCCCUGUGCUCCUGGACUUGCUAGGCGGCCUUCACCCUUGUGAUGCAAGACACCUCUUGGCCUCUCCACCUGGGAAGACUGCAUCUGUGUGACCCUGUCCACUGGCAGAGCCUCUGAUGGACUUGACACCGGGCACCUUCAACACGGACAACUUGUCCUACUUUCCCAACGCUCUAGCAUUCCCAGCCUGGAUGGUUUUGGCGCCCCUGGCUGAGGUCAGCCGGGACACUUCCAGGCCUUGUGAGCAGGCAUGAGCCUUUGGUGAAUCAGUCUUUGUAGACAACCACGCGUGUGUUCCAUCCACUGGUGCUUCCUCUGCCUUUGCCUCUAGGUCCAUCAGUGAGGUGGAGUUCCCAGGCACUUUUGCCGAUGGGGAUUUCCCCCUUUCCUGACUAUAUCUUUGCCUUCAGUUUGCUUCCCCAAGUCUAGAUGGCACUGCAGUCAGCAUGGUAGGGGGUUGCCACCCCUUUUCUUCCACUAAGGACCGGACAAGCUGUCAGUCAACUUUUAUGCCAGAGCUGCUGUGAGCAAGUCCCCCCGUUUGCUCUUCUAGGGAUAUGGCUUGGGGUCACAAGUACAAUCUAACUCCUCUGUUCAGCUACGUUGGUGAGCCCCAGAUACUCUUAUAUAAAAUGGGAAGUGGCAAAUGAUCCUUGCCAUACCUUACAGGGCUACUGAGUUGGAAAACAGUAUACAGAUUUAAAAAAAAUAGAUAUUUUUUAAUUUGAAAGGCAGGCUUAUAGAGAGGGAGAGACAGAAAGAUCUUCCAUCAGCUGGUUCAAUCCCCAAAUGGCCACAAUAGUCAGGGCUGGGCUGGGUUGCAGCCAGGAGUCAGGAACUCCAGCUGGGUCUCCUGCAUGGGUGGCAGAGGUCCAGGUAAUUGACCCACUUCCAGUGCCUUCCCAGGCACAUUAACAGGGAGCUGGAUCAGAAGUAGGGCAUCUGGGACUUGAAGUGUGUUUUGUAAUCUACAAGUAACCAAAAAGCAGCUGCACAUAUACACUAAGUGUUUGGAUAUGAAUAUAUACACACACAGAUAUGCUUGUCUAAAGAACAAAGUGGGGCUGGUGCUGUGUCUCAGCGGGUUAGUGCUCUGGCCUGGGGUGCCGGCAUCCCAUAUGGGUGCCAGUUCAAGACCCGGCUGUUCACUUCUGAUCCAGCUCUCUACUGAUGGCCUGAGAAAGCAGUAGAAGAUGGCCCAAGUGCCUGGGCCCCUGCACCCACGUGGGAGACCUGGAGAAAGCUCCUGGCUUUGGAUCAGCACAGCUCUGGCUUUUGCAGCCAGUUGUGGAGUGAACCAGCGGUUAGAAGACCUCUCUCUCUGUCUCAACCUCUCUCUGUAACUCUUUCAAAUAAAUCUUUAAAAAAAAAAAAAAAAAGAAAAGAAAAAAGAACAAAGCAGUACUUGGGGACUAAAAUAGCUUCUGAAACACCUGAGUGUAAAUGUGCAGGGAGGCCUCUUUUUUUUUUUUUUUUUAAGAUUUAUUUAUUUUACUUGAAAGAGUUACACAGAGAGAGAGAAGGAGAGGCAAAGAGAGAGAAGUCUUCCAUCCAGCGGUUCUCUCCCCAGUUGGCCGCAACGGCCAGAGCUGGGCCAAUCCGAAGCCAGGAGCUUCUUCUGGGUCUCCCACGUGGGUGCAGGGGCCCAAGGACUUGGGCCAUCUUCUACUGCUUUCCCAGGCCAUAGCAGAGAGCUGGAUUGGAAGUGGAGCAGUCAGGACUCGAAUUGGUGUUCAUGUGGGAUGUGGGUGCUGCAGACGGCAGCUUAACCCGCUGCACUAUAGCACCGGCCCCAAUGGUAAAUAUUUUUAAAUAAUUCAAAAAAUGCUGGGUUAUAAGUUGUGGAUCAAUUCAAAUAUAGUAUGAAGUGUUUAUAGACUAGAUAGAUUAACCAUUUGACCAUUUAUUCAUGAUUGUUAAUGUGUUAUUUGCUAACAUUUUAAAUGAUCUAAUUUAUUCUAUCUAGUUUUAACUAGCAUAUCUGUGAUUAUACAUUAUUAAAUAUGUAUUAUUCCUAUUUUUAUAUUUAUGCUGUGAUACUUAUACUGAUUACUGCUGGUAUAUGUGUAUUUCUCCUUGCAGUAGUAUGUGUUUGUGACUCAUGUAAUUUGCUACCCUGUUUAGGUGCAUACCUAUUAAGAAUUACCAGGUAUUUGGAGAACUGCUUGAAUCACUACAUCCCAUGUAAUUUCCCUUAAAGUCUAAGCCUGAAAUGGAUAUAGCUAGUCCAGAUUUAUUUGGAUUAGUGUUAUUAUGGUAUAUAACUUUUCAUCCCUUCAAAAUGCCUAUCUACCUUUUUAAGUUUGUCUUUUAUUAAAUUUUUUGUUAAAUUGACAAAAUUGGACAUAUUUGCCAUAUUAAAAUGAUGUUUGAAAGUAAGUAUACAUUGUGGAAUGGCUACAUUCAGAUAAUCAUAGUCACUACAUCACAUCCCUAUCACUGAUUAUGAUAAGAAUACUAAGAAUAUAAUCACAAUAUUUUCCAUAGAAUACAUUUUUAAUAAUUAUUGUCACCAUGUUGUACAAUGGGUCCUUAAACAUAUUCUUCCUAGGUGACUGAGGUUUGUUAACCUUUGAUCAACAUUUGAUGACUAUACAUUUAAAAUGGGUUGCUCAUUAGCUGUUGAGUAAUACUACUUUUGAUCAAUGUCUAAGAAAUUUAUUUCAAUCUCAUUCUUUUCCUUAAGGCCUAGCAGUCAAUUGAAAUCCUUCAGUUUCAUUAAGAUUUUAUAUUUUAAGUAGUUCAAUCAAGAAAAGUGGGUUGGAAUAGUUUGCUGUUUGUAAGAGUAAGAAGUAAAUAUUCUACCUACUUCAUCUAAUCUUGGGCUAAUAGAUAGUUAACCCCUCAUAGUGCUCCUGGAUAGCAUAACAAAGAUGUGGAGCCACCUACUAAUCUGUUCAACACAUGUUUCAGGCCCCCAAAUGAUAGCAAUGUUUUUCAAACAUAAUCAGUUUGUUGGUAAGGGAACAGUAAAAUGAGCAUUUUCAUAUGUUAUUAGUGGGAGUAUGUAUUAAUUAUACUGCCAGAAAGCUGUCUAGGGGCUGCUGCUGUGGCGCAGUGGGUUAACACCUUGGCCUGCAGUGCCGGCAUCCUAUAUGGCACUGGCUCGAGACCCAGCUGCUCCACUUCCCAUCCAGCUCUCUGCUGUGGCUUGGGAUAGCAGUAGAAGUUAGUGCAAGUGCUCGGGCCCCUGCACCCAUGUGGGAGACCCAGAAAAAGCUCCUGGCUUUGGAUUGGCCCAGCUCUGGCCGUUGCGGCCAAUUGGGGAGUGAACCAUUGGAUGGAAGACCUUUCUCUCUCUCUCUCUCUCUCUCUCUCUCUCUCUCUGCCUUGCCUUCUCGCUCUGUGUAACUCUGACUUUCAAAUAAAUAAAAUUUUUUUAAAGCUGUCUAGAAAUAUGUCAGUAAUUCCAUUUUUCAGGUAACUAUAGUAUAAAAAAGUGAGCCAAUGUAAACCAGGAUUUGUGUACCGUUAUUCAUUUCAGCUUUGUUAACAAAAGCAAAAAAUGUGUAUUAUCCUACACAGCCAGGAGUAAGAUUAACUAAAUAAAAUAAAAUACAUAACGUGCCAGCACUGUGACACAGCAGGUUAAAGCCCUGGCCUGCAGCGCUGACAUCCCAUAUGGGCACUGGUUCAAGUCCUGCCUACUCCACUUCUGAUGCAGCUCCCUGCAAACGCACCUGGGAAAGCAAUAGUAGAAGAUGACGAGGCCGGACCACACGGGCUGGCCCGUCCAGCGCACGGGUUGCUGGGUACUCUCACGAGGCCAGCCAACACGGGCUGGCCAGGUCGACACACGGGUCGCUGGGUACUCUGAUGAGGCCGACCAGCACCGGCGGGCAGGCCCCGCACGAGGGCUGCUGGGUGCUCUGACGAGCCGGCCAGCACCGGCGGGCAGGCCCCGCGCGAGGGUUGCUGGGUACUCUGACGACGCUGGCCAGCACCGGCGGGCAGGACCUGCGCAAUGGCUGCUGGGUACUCUGACGGGGCCGGCCAGCACCGGCGGGCAGGCCCCGCGCGAAGGUUGCUGGGUACUGUGACGGGGCCGGCAAGCGCCGCCAGGCAGGCCCCGCGUGAGGGCUGCUGGGUACUCUGACGACGCCGGCCAGCACCGGCGGGCAGGCCCCGCGCGAGGGUUGCUGGUGCUCUGACGAGGCCAGUCAGCGCCUGUGGGCCGGGUCUCGCACGCGGGUGUUGCUGGGUAACGGGCCUUAGCUGGCGGCUCCUGCCCCGCUCGCCGCUCCUUCCAGAAGCUCCAGGGCUCCUGCCAAAGGGCGGGUCCGCGGAGGGUAUGGAGCAGCGGCAGCUAAAGACAUGAGCGUUCCUCCACGGCGCACCCACAGCAGUUGGCUUUGCUGGAGAAGCGGCCUGGUCUUCCAGGAAAGCGUGAGCCCUGGUGGCCCUUGGCGACCCUGGGUAAAGGAAGCCCGGUGGCCUCACCUGGGCCGCCGCAGGCUGUCAUGGAUGCGCUCGUAGACGAUGAUAUCUGCAUUCUGAAUCAGGAGAAAGCUCAUGAGAGAGAUCCAGUGAUUCCAGUCUCAGUAUAUUCGGGGGAUGAAUCUGUCGCUUCACGCUUCGCCCUUGUCAUUGCGUAUGAGGAUAUCAAAAAACGCCUUAAAGAGUCAGAGAAGGAGAACUCGUUCUUAAAGAAGCGAGUAAGGUUUUUGGAAGAAAAGCUUAUAGGCACUCAGUUAGAUGAAGAGACGUAUUCUGUGGGACGAGAACAACUAAAUAAGGCUUAUCAUGCAUAUCGAGAGGUUUACAUUGAUAGAGAAAUUUUGAAGAACACGCUGGAUAAAAUGAACCAAGACAACUCUGAACCUCUGAAAGCAUUGAAUGAACAGCUACAGUCUAAAGAAGUAAAACGCCUUCAGCUAAGAACAGAAGUAGGAACUCAGUAGGUGAUGAGAAAUUCAAAUCCUCCUUUAAGGAACUGGGAAUUGGAAAAGUUGAACUGUGACCUGAUGAUCCAUGGUUUAGAAAAAGAGCUGGAAUUGGUGAGGAAAGAAUGUAGCGAUCUCAAAAUAGAGCUACAAAAGGCCAAACAAAUGGAUCCAUCCGAGGAAGACAACCUGAAGAACAGUGCUCUUCGAAGAGCAAGCAUUUCAAGGGAUAAUAUGCAACAGUGUACUGGGAACUGAAGAGGGAAAUGUCUGACUUACAUCUGAUGACUCAAGUACAAGCUGAACGGCUAAGAAAACUGAAAAUGCCAACUGCAUUCAAGAAAGCCUGUGCCCCACUAACCUGCGCUGAAGACCUUGGGAAAGAGCACAAAACUCCACUUGACAAAUUUUACUGCAUCUUAUAAAAGACAUGUCUCUCUAUCACCAAAUAGCAAAGCUGUUUUCACACUACUUCUUCCCCUUUACCAGGAGAUAUAAAGAUUUUAUCAAAAAAAAAAAAAAAAAAAAAAAAAAAGCAGUUCUCCAAUCAUGGAUAGAUAAUGAGAGAUCUAUUCCUAACGGUAGAAGAUAACUCUUGGGUGUUCCCAAGCCCUCCUAAGUCAGGUGAGACAACAUUUAGGGAAACUAAAACUCUGCCACUACCCAAUCUGCCAUCAUUGCAGUUCCUUGGAUCGACAUAAUUAAAACUGCUUUUAUAAGAAUGAA